GUCCCGCAGCUCGCAGUCUUCCACACUCCCGCUCCGCUGCUCCCAGCCCAGUCCCAGCCGACCAGCCCGGCGCGCGGUGGCAGCGCGCACACGGCGAUGCGGAAGGACGCUGCCCCCGCCGGCAUUGCGCCAGGCUCGGCGCCCGCGCUGCUCUGCUUCGACCUCAAGCCCUUCCUCGCCGCGCUCACCGUGCUCACGCUCCUCGCCGCCGCCUGGCAGCUCCGCGCUUACCACUCCGUCCUCGCUUCCCCAUUCUCCGCCGCGUGCCCGCAACCCACCGCCGCCGGCGCCUCGCUCCCCCGCGCGCUCGCCGUCCACGCCAACAAGGCCUCACCCUCCUCCUCCGCCGCCGCCGCCACCAACUCCACCGCUUCCUCCUCCUCGGCACCGCCGCCCGGCCCCGAGCGGCGGGAGUUCCGCGCCGUGGGCAGCGCGGCGGCGCUGUUCGUGCAGAUGGGCGCGUACCGCGGGGGACCCUACACCUUCGCUGUCGUCGGGCUCGCGUCCAAGCCCACGCACGUCUACGGCAAGCCCUGGUUCCGCUGCGAGUGGGAGCCCAACGGCGCCUCCUCGUCCUCGCCGCCGAUGCGCGCCGCCAAGACGUACCACAUGCUCCCGGACUGGGGCUACGGCCGCGUCUACACCGUCGUCGUCGUCAACUGCACGUUCCCGCGCGUCCCCAACGCCGACAACGCUGGCGGCAGGCUCAUCCUCUACGCGCACUACGGGCCGUCGCGGUCCCCGGCCUCCCGCCACGAGCGGAUCGUCGCGCUCGAGGAAAGCCCCGGCGCCUACGACGAGGCCGCGUUCCGGACGACGCCGCCGCAGCACAGGUACGACUACCUCUACUGCGGCUCCUCGCUGUACGGCAACCUCAGCGCGGCGCGGGUGCGGGAGUGGAUGGCGUACCACGCGCGCUUCUUCGGCGCGCGCUCCCACUUCGUGUUCCACGACGCCGGCGGCGUCAGCCCCGCCGUGCGCGCCGCGCUCCAGCCCUGGGUGCGCGCCGGCCGCGCCACGCUGCAGGACGUGCGCGCGCAGGCCGAGUACGACGGGUGGUACUACAAUCAGUUCCUCGUCGUCAAUGACUGUCUGCACCGGUACCGGCACGCGGCCAAGUGGACCUUCUUCUUCGAUGUCGACGAGUACAUCUUCCUGCCCGACGGCCGCAGUCUCGAGGAUGUGCUCGCCGAGCUCGAACCGUACACGCAGUUCACCAUCGAGCAGAACCCAAUGUCGAGCAAGUUGUGCGUCGAUGAUCCGGAGGCCGACUAUUCCAACCAAUGGGGAUUUGAGAAGCUGGUUUUCCGGAACUCGAUCACCGGGGUGAGGAGAGACAGGAAGUACGCGAUCCAGGCCAAGAACGCAUACGCCACAGGUGUUCACAUGUCUGAGAAUGUUAUCGGCAACACCACGCACAAGACGGAGCACCUCAUCCGGUACUACCACUACCACAACACCAUCAACGUGCUCGGCGAGGUGUGCCGCGAGUUCGUCUCCGUUCCACCAAAGGGUGGCCUGACAUGGUCCGAGAAGACACCCUGGUACUACGACAACAGCAUGAAGCGCGUUGCCGAUGCUGUGCGUGAGUUCGAGAGGGAGACCAUCGGCGAUGUGCGGCUAUGACUGACCUAACCACUGAGAUAAAAGAGCUGUUGUAGAGUAUGUAUUGCUGUGAGCCAUUCAGGAGGGGCUUGGCGACUGCAUUUCUGUCUUCCGGAUGUUAUGAAGCAGACCGUUACCUAUGGUUUGGGGCUAUCUGAGCUGACAGAGAUGCAACGAAAGCGAAGCUGCAACCUCAAGGGAAAAAUGGCAGAUUGUGUGCCAGUGAUGGCCCUGUGAUUCUGAUAUGAGCCGAAGGUGAGGAGGUUCUUGUAAACAGAAUAUGUCUUCAGUGUAAAUUCCAUUGUUUUAUUGCUCAAAUAUACUACACAUUGUAUUCUCUUGUUGAAGUUUCAGCAAUGUAGAAACCAUUCAGAACCGUGCUGCAUCAAUGUAGAUAUGAUUAUUUAUGGCAUUAUUUUUAA